AUGAAUCAGCGUUACUCCGAGGCCUUUACUCUGGUGCUCGACCGAUUUGGAGAUCCUGUGGUUCUGGAUCCAAACACUUUACACCCAGAUCUCAUCCUGUCUGAGGAUCUGACCAGAAGGGGUCAGAAUCUUCCCAACAACCCAGAGAGGAUUUAUAAAUAUGGGGCGGUCCUUGGCUCUGGAAUGUUUGAAUCAGGACACCACUGCUGGGAAGUGUUGGACUGUGAGUUUGUGGAGGAGUUGAUGCCCUUGCCACCGAAGAUUCCAGAGAGCCUAGCUGAAGAUGGAGAGACGUUUACCUUGUUCUGUGUGGAUGACCUGGAGCCAGUGUGCAGUCAGUGUGGACUGACUGAGACCCACGAGGGGCACAGAGUCUACCCCAUAACGGAGGCUGUACCUGACUGUAAGGGGGAGCUGAACUCUUCACUGGGGAAGCUGCUCGGGAAGAGCAGGAGGUUUGAGAAGGUUACACGGAUCUUUGAACACGCCUCCCAACACAACCAGAGCCAUGCCCAGCAGACAGAGAGACAGAUAAAGGAGGAGUUUGAGAAGCUGCACCAGUUCCUGAGAGAGGAGGAGGAGGCCAGGCUAGCCAGGGUGAGGGAGGAAGAGGAGGAGAGGAAUAGAGUGAUGAAGGAGAAGAGAGAGAGAGUGGGAAAAACGAUGGAGCUGCUGGCUAAAACCAUCCGAGAGAUUGAGGAAGAGAUGAAGGAAGACAGGGAUGACAUCGCCUUUCUGCAGAAUUACCAGGAGACAGUAAAGAG